CAGGAACUAAAUUAAACGAAGCUGCUACAAUGCGUGCGCUUCUGCGUUCGUCUUUACGCUACACUGUGGUAUUUCUUGGUUCGCAUCCAGCCUUUAAAAACGAGCUCGUCACCACCGCAAUUCUAACUAAAAAUAUGCAUUAUCAAACCGAAGAGCGAGGACGUCCGAACUCCCUUGAUUACAGGAUAUAUUUUAAAAACUCUGAUGAUCAAUACAUUUCUCCCUUCCACGAUAUUCCACUUGUUUCCAAGGGAGAUCAGGAAAACGACGUGCCAUCUAAAAAACAGAAGAAGAAUGAGAAUGAGGUUCUGUAUAAUAUGGUGGUGGAAGUACCUCGAUGGUCCAAUGCCAAAAUGGAGAUCGCAACUAAGGAACCACUGAACCCGAUCAAGCAGGAUGUGAAAAAGGGCAAACUUCGAUACGUGGCCAACGUCUUCCCUCAUAAAGGUUACAUCUGGAACUACGGGGCACUCCCACAGACGUGGGAAGACCCGAACCACACGGAUCAAGACACCAAGUGCUGCGGGGAUAAUGACCCCCUUGACGUCUGUGACAUCGGCACACCGGUGUGCUCCCCGGGCCAGGUGAUUCAGGUCAAAGUGCUGGGGGUCCUGGCCAUGAUCGACGAGGGCGAGACGGACUGGAAGCUGAUAGCCAUCAAUGCUGAUGACCCGGAGGCUCCCACCCUAAACAGUAUUGAAGACGUCCGCAAGAGCAGACCCGGUCAUUUAGAGGCCACAGUCGACUGGUUUAAAAAAUACAAAGUGCCCGACGGCAAGCCCGAAAACCAGUUCGCAUUCAAUGGACAGUUCAAAGACAAGGAUUUUGCUGAGCAGGUCAUUAAGUCCACUCACGAGCAUUGGAGGGCACUGGUGCAAAAGCAGACUAAUGGUGGCGAGAUAGAUUGUACAAAUGUCUCUGUCUGCGAGAGCCCUUUCAAAUGUGGGGUAGAUGACGCCUGCGUUGUGGUCAGAUCGGCUCCUGCUUUUGGCGAGGCACUUCCUGUAUCUCCAGAAGUCAACAGGUGGCAUUUUCUGUCCAAGUAAUUUGGGACAGGAGUUGUUCGAUGGGCAAAGCUACAUCCACCUCGGUCCGGUAUUCAAACGAAGCACUUCACAUAUUGUAAAAUCUUUGGGAAAUUUGUGUUUCUAACCUUCAUUUCAAAUUAGGAUUUUGGUUUUCACAUUUUUUAUCAUGUAAAAUAUUUGAGUAUAUUAUCAAAUGUUUUAGUCUCAUGUUUGAGGCUAAUGUUGUUGUACUUGUCACAGUUCAGAAAGCCCACUACUGUUUUAUUUAAAAGUGCCAAUAAAAUAGGACUUUAAAUAAAAACAUUCUCUGAU